AUGUCUGAAGAUCUGAAGGCUUUGAAGGAUGAAUUGACAGCUGUGAAGGCUGAAAUUUAUCGUGUCAGUGCUGAGGCAGAGAUACGCAAAUUACACUUUAAAUACGGAUACUAUCUCGAUAAAUGCUUGUAUCAGGAGGUUGUCGACAUGUUCUCCGACUGUCCCGAUGCGUUUAUUGAAUUCCACGGAGGGCGUUACAGAGGUAAAGAAGGUAUCCGCCGUCUUUUUAUCGACCGAUUCGCAAAAAAAUUUACUCAAGGGCGCAAUGGGCCUAUUCAUGGCUUCUUGCUUGACCACGCAAUGCUUCAAGAUAUCAUCGACGUUGAUAAAGAUGGGAAACACGCUUGGGGAAGGAUGAGGACCUUCAUGUCUGCCGGCACCCACGAGAGCAUCGCAAAGGAUAACCCGAGAGGUUUAGUCCAGUGGUGGGAAUCAGGAAUCUAUGAGAAUGAGUACAUUAAGGAGAAUGGUGUCUGGAAGCUGUUCCGCUACAGAUAUUGGCCGUUUUGGCAUGCGGAUUUUGACAAAGGAUGGAGUCACACCCGGGACGAAUAUGUUCCCUUUCCAAAGCAUUGCUACCCGGAGGACCCCAUGGGUCCCGAUGAACUAGUCGAGCGUACGAACCUAUGGCCACAGACCAAGGUUGUGCCAUUCCAUUAUCUUCAUCCUGUCAGUGGGAAGCAGGUGAAAGAAGAGGACAUGAGGGCACCGCUACUUGGUCAGGAUCAUAUGAUGAGUGAUCCAUCUCUGUCGUUGGAUGUUCCACUUUGGGAUGGAACAACCGGAAUUCACGGGCACUGA